AUGACACGCCAUACUUCCUUCUUCUUCUUUAUUCUUGUUCUUGUUGUUGCUUUUGUUGUUGUUGUAGUUCUUCUUCUGCUCCUACAUUUUCUCGUCAUCGUCUUUCCCGUUCUCCUUCUUUUUCUUCAUCUCGCAUCCAUCCUCCCUUUUCUUCUUCUUCUUCUUCUUCUUCUUCUUCUUCUUCUUCUUCUUCUUCUUCUACCCUGCUCCGUGCUCUUUAACAUCUGUUCCUCCUCCACCUUCUUCUUCUUCUACAUCUCGUCGUCGUCGUCCUCCUCCUCCACAUUCUUAUUUCCUCUUCUUUUAAUUCUUCUCCCCCGCUACCAUCCUACCCUGCUUCUUCUUCUUCGUGUCCUCAUCCCCCUUCUUCUUCUUGUCGUCUUCCUCUUUCUUCUUCAUAUCGUCCUCCCUCUCCUUCCGUUCUUUUUCGUCUACUCAUUCUCCUUCGCCUGCUCCUUUGCUCUUUCUUCUUCACCUCAUCUUCCUUCCCCUCUUCCUUCUCCUCCUUCUCCUCCUCCUUCUUCUUCUUCUUCUUCUUCUUCUUUUUCUACCCUGCUCCAUGCUCCUUAUCAUCUGCUCCUCCUCCACCUUCUUCUUCUUCUACAUCUCGUCGUCGUCCUCCACCCCCACAUUCUUCUUUCCUCUUCUUUUAAUUCUUCUCCCCCGCUACCAACCUACCUGCUUCUUCUUCUUCAUGUCCUCAUCCCCCUUCUUCUUCUCGUCGUCUUCGUCUUUCUUCUUCAUCUAGUCCUCCCUCUCCUCCCCUCCUUUUUCGUCUACUCAUUCUCCUUCGCCUGCUCCUUUGUUCUUUCUUCUUCACCUCGUCCCCCUUCUCCUCCUCCUCCUCCUCCUCCUCCUCCUUCUUCUUCUUCUUCUUCUACACUCCAUAAUUUCUUAAUAUUCAUUUUUUUUCUUACUCUCCACAUUUCUUCUUCUUCUUCUUCUUCUUCUUCUUCUAGUAUCAUUGCCCUGUCUUUCUUCAUUUGUUUCACUUUCAUCUACCGCUGGGUUGGCUUAAACACGCUUAUUUUUAAUUUCAUUUUUUUUAAUACACCAACAUUUUCUAAAUUUUCUUUUUAUGAACGUUCACCUUGA